AAUAAGUGCAAUCACUCUCCACAGGCCAGAAAGAAACGAACGUUGAUGAAGCAAGAGUGCGAUUAGAGUCCUGUGCCGCGGAAGCCGUAACCUCCUUGAAGCUCGUACCGUUCCGGAGUGUACUAUCGCGAUCAGUUGGCCGUCAGGAUUGCUUGGUUGCUCGUAGCGCCGCCACUCACAAUGGAGGCCUCCCAACAACAAAGAAUGGACGAGCCAGCGCGUCAAGAUGCGCCGAGCGAGCACAUCAAGCUAGCACUGAAGCCCAAGAUGAUAUUCUUCGUGGCUCUAACUCACCUAGGAGGCUUGGUAGGUCUUGUGUUGCUCUGUCUCAACGAACGCUGGUGGCGACUACUCUUAGAAGUCAUUGUCUACUGGCAAAUCGCAGGUCUAGGAAUAACUGCCGGCGCGCAUCGACUCUGGUCCCAUCGCAGCUACAAGGCCAGCUCGCCGCUGCGCUUCAUUCUGAUGUUGAUGAAUUGCGCGGCGCAUCAGGGCUCAAUCUACCACUGGUGCCGCGACCACCGCAUUCACCAUAAAUUCAGCGAAACGGACGCGGACCCGCACAACUCGCAACGCGGCAUGUUCUUCGCACACAUGGGAUGGCUGCUACGGGACAAGCAUCCUCAGGUGCUGAAGAAGGGUGGUGAGCUGGAUCUAAGUGACUUAGAGGCCGACUGGGUGGUGACCUUCCAGGCCAAGCACUACAAAAAGCUGAGCACUUUAUUCUGCUACAUCCUGCCAGGUUUGUAUGGCCAGUAUGUGUACGGAGACUACUGGCUGGGGCUGUUUGCACACGGCCUGCUUCAUCACGUGGUCCUCCUGCACUCCACCUGGUCCGUGAACUCGCUCGCUCACCUCUACGGCAUGCGGCCCUACGAUGAUGCCAUCCGACCGGUGGAGAACUUCUUCGUGUCGCUGUGCGCGGUCGGCGAAGGCUGGCACAAUUGGCACCACUGCUACCCGUUUGACUACGCUGCCAGCGAGUACGGCAUUCUGGGAAGGUACAACCCGACGAAAUUGUUCAUCGACGCCUGCCACCGCAUCGGACUAGUUACUGGUCGUAAGCGAGCCAUCCAUCUGUGGGAGAGCAAGAAGGCACGCCUUGCAGCUGCUUCCGCCAAGAGGCACUGGCCAAGUUGAUGAGGACGCGCCCAUUCAUGAAAGCGAGCAUGGAUACUCGCGCACAAAGAACAAGAACGUUUUCUCCGCCCAUAUGACAUUCUAUAAUUAUUAUAAUAGCGAGCCCGACUUGCCUUGAGCGCCAGAGAGCGCUCAGUCAGUGUUUGGCUUGAGUUUUUAGCAAUGUUGUUGGGUGUACCGGUACUCAAAGUAUCUAUUAUCGAAGUACAGGUCUGAACGCCUUGGAUUUAUGAAACUAGCCUUUCCGAGAUUUCUAGAUUUUACCACCCAUGUCCAGACGUGUAUAUGAUUCUCUCCAUUCCUUAUUAUUCCAUCAAUUAUGCCCUCCGUUCCGUGCUCAAUGAUUUAUCCGCACUCAGCAGUGCACACUUAAA